ACAACUGUUACAUUUUUAAACGUGAGCUUGAGAAAACCGCCAGCAAUGUUUUUUCGCUUCGCGUGUUGCGAUCAUGGUACUUUUUUAAAUAAACAUAAAAGAAUGUUUCGGGCGAGCAUCUUUUUCUCUCGUGGACAAAAUUGAACAUAUGUUGUCGUAUAACAUUUAUUGACAUCUGAUAAGACUGAUACUCUCUUUGAAUUGAGGCAAGAACCUGAAAAAAUCGUUAGCGAUAAUGUUUUUUCCAUUUGCACGCGUCGAUUGCGAUGAUAUAUAUAUAUAUAUACGACGAUAUACAUAUAUAUAUGUGACACUUUGUGAUCACAGUAUAGGGUUCUUUUAUCUGUGUAUGGGUUGCGCGCUCAACUGCGACGUUUCCGCUCCGAAUAUGGGAUACAAAAAGAGGUUAGGAUUCGGGACCUUCUUCACUGCCCUAAUUGUUCUGAUAGCAAUUUAUUAUCGCAACACCGAUGACGUUUUGCAAAAGCGAUUGCUGGCUUUGCUUCACGGUCUCGAGAAGCUCGAAAACAAGCACGUAAUCACGAGAAAGCCAAAAGUCGCAAUAGGUUAUGGCGCGUGCACCGAUGUUUUCAUCGAUGCAAGACAUCUGUUAAAAUAUUCGGACGAGAUCGGCCGGCCACAACAUUUUGACGAAAUUAACACCGAGCUCGAAUUGCUCAAGAGCUUCGCUUAUUAUUUUCGCCAUGGAGCUGCUGCCGAACGCUACAUGGCGAAUAGAACCCUGUUUGAUGAGCUCGUAUCAAGGGCGCGUUUGUUUCCCUCUUCCUAUUCAUCAAUCGGAGGAAACGCAGCAGUUAUGGCAAUGAGGUUUGCACAAGAAGGAUGUGACGUGACUGUUGCGGCUAAACUGACCAGAUCCUUGCAUCAGAUGUUUCCACAGAUAAUAAACAUCGUGGGUGGAGAAGUAAAACGCGACGAUAUUCAUCUCAUUAUGGAAUAUAAACACGGUGAAAUUUGGGGUCCUUACUCAAGUGCCAGAGCAAACAGAUACAUUGUUCAUAAUGAUGUGAACAAUCCGAAAAUUAGUUCAUUCAAUGCUUUCGACAAAGUUCUAAGAACUUAUGAUCCUGAUUUAUUGGUAGUUAGUGGACUUCAAAUGAUGGACAAUUACCCGUUUCAACAAGGCGAACGUAAGAGUUUGUUGAUGAAUGUGAAGAGACAGAUGGUGGAACGGUCGAGCACCACAAGAAUUCACUUCGAAAUGGCCUCGUUUGCUGAAGAUAAGUUGCUCUUUGAGCUGUGUGAUCUGGUGGUUCCCUUUGCCGAUAGUCUGGGAAUGAACGAGCAGGAGAUAGCGAAUCUGUACAAUACCAUGUAUUAUGGUAAUAUCUCACUGGUGGCUAACUCGACUCCUCGAGUUGCAACGGUGUUGGAUCAGAUGAGAACACUGUUUAAACUCAUACGCUUAAGGAGCAAGUCGAUCGCCGAUUCUAGAGAGCUCACGAGGAUUCACGUUCACACAUUGGCAUAUCAAGCAAUUUUUACCGUCAAAGGUUCCGUUUGGAAAAAUACGAUGGCUGCCGCGGCCAAAGCGUCUUUGACCGCGCACAGACACGUGUGCGCGUCAAGUAACGUUGAUGUGAAAAAAGCUACGUUGAUCAUGGACGAAAGUUUCUCGACGUCUAUUGUCGAUGGGACCCGAAUACCGUUGAAUAUCGACAAGCCGGUGUCUUGCUGGGACGAGGUGUUAAAGGUGGAGCAAGAGAGUAUUCCUCUUCAAGUGUGCGUCGCGCCUGUGUUGGUUUGCACACAAGCCAGUCAAACGGCGGGUGGCGGAGACAAUAUUUCCAGUGCAGGCCUAGUACUUCAGAUUUGAGCAGAGAGAUUCAUUGAGAUAGAUAGCACCUUACGAAAUUGCUGUGUUCGUGUCGAAUUCUAAUUCUCUUUCUCUGUCACUUUAGAGCAAAACAAUUCCGUAAAUAAUGGGCCUUUAACGUUUGCAGCACGAGUUUCAUAUAAAAUGAUCGACGUUUUUAUAUAUUCCACGUUGGAAUUUUUACAUUCCAUUUACUUAGAACAGAUUUUAAUGACAUUUACAGAAAUGACGUACCGCUAAACAAUAUGUGAAGCAUUGUUUGUAUUACCGAGUGUUACACUUUAUCUCUAGUCUAAGACUAGACUCUGUAGAAUUACAGAGAUAGUAGUGAUUGCCUAAUAAUUGUUACUGGUCCCCUGUUUGCGCUGUUGUCAUUGAGUUCACCGUAUCCCGUCGCUCAGAGCGUUGUGUUCAGUCUACGUGUUUCCUUCAUCUAAUGUCAUCGUAGUUUUUGUGAGUGCGGAGUGUUUUAUCUCGUUCACUCUGGUAUGCUCUCGUAUCGGCAUGGCUCGAUUGCCUAGAGCGGCGCGAAGACGAUCAACCUAGUCGGUCUUAUUGUUGUCACUCUUCAGAAUUAAUGUGCAAUUGUACGAAUACACUGUUGUAUCACGAUUACUGAUAGAGAUUUUUGGUACUAACGUUAAUGCUUACGAAUAUUUGUUAUCUCAGUACUUUAUAGAUCAAUUUCAACCAAAACAAUUUUGUUCUAGUGUCGUAUAAAUAUAAACUAAUUGCGCUGUGGUAGAGAUAAGGUGUUUACAUAAAAUUAUAAUUAAUCAGAGCGCAUCUAAAAACAUUUGUUAAAAAUGUUUUGAACAUUUAAACACUCGAUCACAAGUAAAUAUUUAAAUGACUGAACAAAAAAAAAAAACUAUGAACUGUGCCAUGCGGAUCUGCAUUUCAAUAGCAAUAGUUUAAACAAGUUUUUAAGAUGCAAUAGAAAUUCUUAAAUAGAAUACAUGUUGAUUUAAAAAAAAAAAAAAAAAAA